GCGAAUUUUGGUUCCUAUGGCUCGCCGUAGCUAGAGAGCUGACGUGUGUCAGUAGAGAACGCUAUAGUUUUCCACCACAAACAUGUCCGCUGAUUGGGAAGAGAUUCGGCGGCUGGCUGCUGACUUUCAGCGGGCCCAGCUGAGUGACACUGUGCAGAGGUUAUCGGAACGUAACUGCAUCGAAAUUGUUGCCAAGUUGAUUGCUGAAAAACAAUUGGAUGUCGUACACACUCUUGAUGGAAAGGAAUAUAUUACACCCUCACAGAUUACUAAAGAGAUAAAGGAUGAGCUACUGAUUCGAGGAGGUCGCGUCAACAUAGUUGAACUUCAGCAGGUAAUCAAUGUUGAUUUGACGCAUAUCGAAAGCAGGGCCAAUGAUCUUGUUAAAUCAGAUAAAGGUAUCCAGCUGGUUCUUGGGCAACUUGUGGAUGGCAACUAUCUGGACCAAAUAGCAGAAGAGGUUAAUGAUAAACUGCAGGCAGCUGGCCAAGUGACUAUAUCAGAACUCUGCAAAACAUAUGACCUUCCCGGAGACUUCCUGAAAGAGUUUUUGAACUUGCGACUUGGCAGGAUAAUUCAAGGAAAGAUCGAUGAAAGUAACAGAGGUGUAUUCUAUACAGAGGCCUUUGUAGCACAACAUCGGGCGCGAAUAAGGGGUCUGUUUACAGCAAUCACAAGACCAACACCUGUAAGCAAUAUGAUUUCCACAUAUGGUUUUCAGGAACAUCUGCUAUAUUCUCUGUUGGAGGAGCUUGUUAACUGUGGACGUUUAAAGGGCACAGUGGUUGGUGGGAGACAGGAUAAAGCCGUGUUCAUUCCUGACAUCUAUGCCAGAACACAGAGCAACUGGAUAGACGCUUUUUUCAAGCAAAACAGUUACCUAGAAUUUGAUUCACUGUCCAGACUUGGGAUUCCAGACCCUGUUGGAUACAUCAGAAAGAGAUACAAGUCCACCUACAUGUUGUAUUUGAAGUCGGCAUGUAUUGGCCAAGGCAUAGUAGAUCACGUGGAAGCUUCUGUAGAGGAGGCAAUAAGCUCAGGCUCAUGGCUGGAUAUAAUGCCGUUGCUACCAAGUUGCUUUUCUAUAGAAGAUGCUGGAAUUCUGCUUCAGGAAGUGAUCAGAACACUGAACAAUUCUUCUGCCCGAGUGUUUGGAGACACUAUUGUUGUCAGUGAAAAAUUUAUAAGUGAAUGCGCUAAUGUGUUUAACAAUCUUAUGCACCACAAAGCUGAAAAGGAAAUGAAGAGCAGCCCUGUUUUCCUGGUGACAGAAGAGGAUCUUAAGCAAGCAGCCAUAUUAGAAAAUGAAGGCUUAAACAAGAAGGAUAAAAGGGAAGAAAGAAGAAAGAAAGCAACAGAGGGCAGUGGAAGCACUAGAGGAGGAGGAGGUAGUGGUAGUAAUGCAAGAGAAAUAAAAAUAAAAAAGUCUAAGAAAAAAUCAAGAAAGGAUGAAGACGACGAUGAAUCACAGACCUCAUGCUCAGGUAAACCAAAACAAAGAGAAAUUGCAUUUAUGUCUCUUGAGGAAAUUCAAGAUGUUUUACAAAAACAUGCGCCAGACUGCCCAGAGGAAUUGGUCCUUGAACUCUCUGAAAAUCUAAUAAGGCCCCUUACCAAGAGCUACCAGGAGGUAGUACGGUCUGUUUUCUUGUCCUCAACCUCAUCCACCUCAGGAGCCAGUAGAAAACAGACCAUGAGAGACUUCCAGGAAGAAGUUACCAAUCUGUACAACAACACUCGCUUGUUUGAAAAGGGAAUCAAGUUUUUUUCAGAUGAAACUCAAAACAACCUCGCCAAGCACCUGCUCAAGACAAUAUGCACAGACGUUACUAAUAUUAUUUUCAACUUUCUGGCGGCUGAUUUCAUGAUGGCAGUGGAAGAUUAUACCACCAUUACUAGUGAGGUUAGAAAAAAGAUGUUGAGCAAACUCCAAGAGGAGGUUAAAGGCCCUUUGACUAAGCUUCAUGGUUCUUUAUCUGGAAAGAGUAUUGAAGAAUUCUCGACAUGUUUGGACGCAGCUGCAGAUGCAUGUGGAAUCUUAGUGAAAAAAGGAGAUAAGAAGAAAGAAAGACAAAUUAUGUUUCAGCAUCGACAGGCUCUUAUCGAGCAGUUAAAAGUCACUGAAGAUCCUGCUCUUGUGCUGCAUCUGACAUCCAUCGUAAUGUUUCAGCUCACAACCCAUUGCAUGCUCCAUGCACCGGGAAGAUGUGUCCCACAGAUCAUUACUUUUCUUUGCACAAAGAUUCCUGAGGAUCAACACAAGCUUCUUGUUAACUACCAGACUCUUGUCGUAAAGCAACUAGUGGGCAAUACCAAGCAGAAGGAUGAAGAAGAUGUGGACACAAUGGAGGACAAACAAGAUGGCACAGAAAAGGGAACUGAUAAUAUUAGAAAGGAACUUCUAGAUCUGACCCCUGCAAUCAAGGAUAUAGUUCUCCGAUCUAGAAAAACAUCCAUCAAUGAUGAAUGACCUGCUUAUGUCUAGUUUAAACACUCAAGUCAAUUUAAGAUAAUUUAAUACUAACAAUACAACCCAGAACGAAAUAAAAACAGAAUUCUAACAUUCAACUUUAAAUUGAGACAGCAUGGCAACUUUUCAUUAAGUUUAUGGGAAAAGCAGUUAUCCAUGGCAAUUGCAGGGCAGCAGAAAUGAAGCCAUUGUUCUUGCAAUACAACGGCUGACUUUUAAUAAUUUUUUUUUUUUUUUUUUUUUUUUUGAAGACACAGCAACUCCAAAUUAGGAAAGAUCCCACAUACUUGUUUUGGAGCAUUUAGCUGCAAGAUAAAAAUAGGUUGGUGAACCACUGAUAGCAAGCAAUUACUGACACCUCGGAGCUGUUAGUACUUUCCCUAUCUUGUAGGGUCACCAUUAUCAAGGGUUUAUUAUAAUGGUAUAAAUAAAAGUUCCAGUAUUAUGUCACAGGGAAUAGUUAUUCUGAAAGCUGAAUCACAGCACAUUAGGUCCAGAGAUAUAUCCAUAGCUACUGACAUACAAGUGCAAUAUGAGAGCCACCAAAUAUGUCAUAAGUCUUUAAUCACACCAGUCACCAUUCAUCCAUUAUUCUUACUUUAUUCCCAGUUAGAGAAGCACAAUCAAAUUGAUAUAUUUUAAAAAAAAUAUUUUAAAUCAGUUGACGCACAACUUUAAAGUCUUAAGUGUUAAUAAUAAUAAGUCAACGUCACUUAAAAGUUCUGUAUGCGUUUAUAGGGAACUAAAUCUUUCACAAGGUAUCUCUGCUACAGUGUUUGUAAUUGUUUGCCAUGUUUUAACUGAGAAAAGAAUGCGUGGAUCCAGACAACCACUAAGGAGCCCAUUUCGCUUUUGAUGCCUAUCGCUCUUCACAAAGUUUAUUAAAGGAGUACUUCACCUUUA